AUGAAGAGAGAAGACGUUGUUUACUUUGGUGCUGGGCCCGCUGCCCUACCCACGGAUGUGCUCGCCAAGGCCGCCGAUGCCCUGCAGAACUAUGACGACACCGGAUUGGGUGUCGCGGAGCAUAGCCAUCGCAGCGGGAUUGCGAACGAUAUCUUGAACACUAUGAAGGCAGAUUUGGUGUCGUUCCUGAAUGUUCCUGAGACUCACGAUGUCUUGAUCAUGCAAGGUGGUGGAUCGGGACAGUUCGACGCGACGUUGUACAACUCGGUUGCGAUCUGGGUCGAGAACCAGCGCCAGAAGAUCCUGCAGAACGGGGAGAUCAGCGAGGAGGAGCUUGUCAAGCAGCUACAACAGAAAGUGCAGUCGGAACUGCGCCUGGAUUACCUGGUGACCGGAUCGUGGUCGGCGAAGGCCAGUCAAGAGGCCGGGCGCCUGCUGGGCACAAACAAUGUGAAUGUUGCGACCGACGCACGGAAGAUCAACGACGGCAAGUUCGGCAAGAUCCCCGAGGAGUCGACGUGGACGCUGAGCGAAAAGCCUGCGUUGGUGUACCUGUGCGAGAACGAGACGGUGGAUGGUGUCGAGUUUCCCCGGUUCCCUAAGGCGUUGGAGUCGAAGGCCGCGGAUGACCAGACGGUCGUGGUGGGUGACUUUUCCUCGACGAUUCUCUCGCGUCGCAUUCCCUUUGAGCACUUCUCGAUUGUGUUCUUUGGCGCCCAGAAGAACCUGGGUCUGCCGGGUAUCACACCCGUCAUUAUCAAGAAGAGCCUGCUGUCGAUUCUGGGCCAGGUUAAGCCCGAUAUUGUUCGUCGGGUGGGACUUCCUGUUGCGCCUACGAUCCUGGACUACGCGGUCACUGCCAAGAACAACAGCCUGUACAACACACUCAGCAUUUUUGAUGUCUACGUGGCCGGCCAGGUCCUGAAGAAGCUUCUCGCCACCUUUCCCGACAAGGUUCAAGGCCAAGAGGCUGUGGCUGGAAAGAAGGCCAACCUGAUUUACGAUGCCCUUGAUGCGUACCCCGACGUGUACAGGGUCGUCCCCGACAAGAGCGUUCGUUCGAGAAUGAACGUCUGCUUCCGGGUCACCAAGGGUGUCAACGUGGACGAAGCCGAGAAGGCUUUCCUGAAGGGUGCCACGGACCGUGGAUUGCUCGGUCUUAAGGGCCACAGAAGCGUUGGAGGUAUCCGUGCUUCGAAUUACAACGCCAUCCCCGAAGCUGGCGUUCAACAAUUGGUGGCAUUCUUGAAGGAGUUCGCGACAACUGCAUAA